ACGGCGGCGGGCUGCCCGCCCGGGGACGGCGGCUCCAUGCGCUGCCAGGUAUCGGUGCUGUAUUUCGCCAGGAGUGCGGAGCUGGCGGGGCUGCGCUGCGAGACCCUCUCCGUGCCACGGCAGAUCACCUCUCUGCAGCUCUGGGAGGAGAUCGUCAAGGUUCACCCAAGGCUUGCUGUCAUCCAGGAUCAAGUGGUUUUUGCUGUUCGGCAGGAGUACGUGCUUCUUGGAGAUCAGCUCCUGGUCCUGCAGCCCGGAGACGAGGUUGCCAUCAUCCCACCAAUUAGUGGAGGCUGA